AUGGUUCGACCAAUUCCAAGAAACAUUAUUGGAGAAACUUUGUGUUCAGUCCCAUUAACAAUAAUCGCCAUUUUUGUUUCAAUAUCAGCUCUUGUGGCACUGUGUGCUAAGCAUGCAAGGAGAGCGCCGCCGAGGGCCGGCGGCGCCGGAACCGCGCCACCGCCGCCGUCCACGAAGCGUCGUCCCAUAACAAUCAUAAGGGAGAAGGGAGGCGAUGAAGAAUCAGAUCAUAGCGCCGGAAUAUUUGCGUCUGAGGCGGGCGGCGGCGGAGAGGGGUUGUGGCAGAAGGCGAUAUUGAUGGGGGAGAAGUGUCAGCCGCCGGAGUUUUCAGGUGUUAUUUAUUAUGAUUAUAGUGGGAAUAGAGUUUCGGAGCUUCCAAGGUCACCUAGAGCUAGUCCUUUGCCAAGGUUUCAUCUUCCAAUGGAAGAAGACUAA